AUGUCUACAUCAGCUAAGCCUUCCGUUCAAGAAAUUCAAAAGGUUUACGUCCUUGUUGAUGAAAGAAAGGAUGUGAAUGCUCUUAAAGAAUGUGAUGCCAUGUUGCAAAAGUAUCCAGAGUCUAGUGUUUUUCUCUCAUUCAAGGCUUUAAUUUUGAUGAAUUUAGGAAAGAGAAAGGAAUCUAUUCAACUUGUUGAUGAUGUUUUAGCACAAAAGAAGAUGGAAUUUCACGAUUUUAUUCUCCGAACAUUGAGUAUGGCUUUGGAAAAGGUACACGAUUAUAAGAGAAUUGCAGAAUUAUAUGAAAAAGUAUAUAAUGCCAUUCCGGCUCAAGCAAUUACACAAUAUGAAGAUGUGAUUGAAAAGUAUUUCUAUAGUUUG